AUGGCAAGUGUCGACAGUCGCCCUCUUGGGCAACAGACUCUUCGUGGCUUUGGCAUCUUCCAAGCCAUCGUCUCAAUACCAACAAUGGUCAUCUUGGGUUUCUUUGCAUGGGAACAGAUGAUAUUCCCUUACCAAGAGGAUUUUUAUUACUUCUUCGCACCCUCCAUGACCGCACUCAUGUCUGCCGGCAUCGUGUUCAUUGUAUACGUUCAGCGCAAGGCAGUCGCGACGCCGUACCAGGCGCUUAUAUUUGAGGUUGCGAAAUCAGUCCUCGCAACGGGACUGUGGCUUUGGCUUAUAUUAGAUUCUGCUUUCGGCCCAUGGCGUGUCCAACACCAUGAUCAUGCCCCUGACACCUACGCGGAUCCGGACUAUGUCAGGAGGCGAGUCCAGCGCGAUGCGCUCGCAAGUCUGUUGUUGAUUUUGUUCUUCUACCCACCGCUUGGGUACUCGUGCAUUGUUUGGAGGACCAAGAGCAGCCACGGAGACCUGGCUCAUGCGGGCGACGAUGAUGAAAACAGAGUCAAUCGAGCAGAAAGAGCACCGCUGCUAUCGCGGAGUAGUGGAAGGACCCUGGGUUAG